UGUGUCUACUGCGCACGUCCAGUACCGUUAUACGGGCUAACUGUCACUCACGGUCCAUCCAUCCAGCCGUGUUUCCCCUCCGUUUCUCAAGGGAGACUCCGCUCUUCAACCUCAGAUCACUCUUGUGCCCUUCUCCGUAGGGCAGAACACAACAACAACCAUUUUCAAAUAUAAUAACGAGCUGCAAGAGAGGACGUAAGGACGAUGAAGCUGGGGGCUGGCUGCAUGUGGCGUCUGCUGCUCCUGUCCCUGCUGGCUGUGGCGGUCGCGGCGGCCCACGGGGAACAGCCGGAAGACCUCUCAGACGACGGGGAUGACAUGGACCUAAACGAGGAGGAGUUAAGAGCUCUGACGGGAGAGGAUGAGGAUGAGGCAACGGUGAUCGAUGACGAAGAGUAUGGCGAAAAGAGUGAAAAGGGACCAGGGGAGACCGAAACCGACUCCAGCGUCUCCUUCCAGGUGACCUACAAGACUCCUGUUCCCACCGGAGAGGUGUACUUCGCCGAGACGUUUGAUGACGGCUCCCUGGACAGAUGGCAGCUGUCUAAAACCAUGAAGGAAGACGCCGAUGAGGAGAUCGCCAAAUACGACGGGAAGUGGGCUGUGGAGCAGCUGAAGGAAAACAAGGUUCCAGGAGAUCUGGGCCUGGUGCUCAAGUCCCGAGCCAAACAUCACGCCAUCGCCGCCCCGCUGGUCAAACCCUUUGUUUUCCAGGACGAGCCUCUGGUUGUCCAGUACGAGGUGAACUUCCAGGACGGCAUCGACUGUGGUGGAGCGUACAUCAAGCUGCUCUCAGACACCGGCAGUCUCAAUCUGGAGCAGUUUCACGACCGUACGCCCUACACCAUCAUGUUCGGGCCGGAUAAAUGUGGCGAGGAUUACAAGCUGCACUUCAUCUUCCGCCACAAGAAUCCUCUGAACAAGGACAUGGAGGAGAAGCACGCCAAGAGGGCCGACGUCGACCUGAAGAAGUUCUACACCGAUAAGAAAACUCAUCUUUACACUCUGGUUCUGAACCCGGACAACAGCUACGAGAUGUUCAUCGAUCAGUCGAGCGUGAGCCGCGGCAGCCUCCUGCAGGACGUGGUGCCUCCCGUCAACCCACCCAAGGAGAUCGACGACCCGCACGACUCCAAGCCGGACGACUGGGACGAGAGAGCCAAGAUCCCCGACCCAGAGGCGGAAAAACCCGACGACUGGGAUGAAGACGCGCCCGCGAAGGUCGAGGACCCCGACGCCGUGAAGCCAGAAGGCUGGCUGGACGAUGAACUGGAGUUUGUGGCCGACCCGAACGCCGAGAAACCAGAGGACUGGGACGAGGAGAUGGACGGAGAAUGGGAGGCGCCGCAGAUUCCCAACCCGGCCUGCGAGACGGCUCCGGGCUGCGGGGAGUGGAAACGCCCCAUGAUCAACAACCCGCAGUACAAGGGCAAGUGGAAGGCUCCUCUGGUGGACAACUCCAACUACCAGGGGGUUUGGAAGCCUCGUAAGAUCCAGAAUCCAGACUACUUUGAGGACCUGCAGCCCUUCAGGAUGACGCCGUUUAAAGCUCUGGGCCUGGAGUUGUGGUCCAUGACCUCUGACAUCUACUUUGAUAACUUCAUCAUCACCUCCCAGAAGGAAGUGGCCGAUCGCUGGGCUUCCGACAGCUGGGGGCUGAAGAAACUGGUGGCCAGCGCCAACGAGCCGGGGAUCUUGGCCCAGCUGACGAUGGCGGCGGAGGAGCGGCCGUGGCUGUGGGUGAUCUACAUCCUGACUGUGGGGCUGCCCGUCGGACUGGCUGUGCUCUUCUGCUGGCCGAAGAAAGUCGAGGAGGACUACGUGUACAAAAAGACAGAUCUCCCUGGUGCUGACUUGGAAGAGGAGGAAGAGGAUGAAGAGGAGGCAGCAGAUGAAGACAAAGCGGCGGAGGCUGCAGAUGAAGCAGCAGCAGCUGCUGCAGCCACAGAAGGAGAGAUGGAGGACAACGAAGAAGGAGGAGAAGACAAUCUGGAGGGGGGUGAUGAAGGAGAAGAGGAGGAGGAGGAGGAGGAGGAGGAAAACAAAUCUUCAGAGAGAACAUUAGAGGAAGAAGAUGGGCUGAAGGAGGAGGCUGAAGUUCCGGAAGAAAGCCAAAAACAAGUGAGGAAGAGGAGGGUACGGAAAGACUGAGGAGGUGCAGUCUGUGUCUGCCGUCUCCUUCCACCCCUCCCCGAUGGAUGGGGAGGAGGUGGAAGGGCCUCCUCCGUAGCCGUUCCCCCUCCUCCCGAGUGGGACGGCGUGCAUCCCCUUCAACCCAUCCUGCAGUGACCCGGGUGCCCCGCCCGUCCGUCCGCGCCUCCUUCCUCCUCCCAGGUUUGCAGAAUCCCGCCUCACACCUCACGGGUCGCGACAGGAUUAGCAGAGGAACAAAAGGGUUCCGUCUCCUCCAGAUUACACUGGAUCCGUGAAUGUUUUCCUAUCAUGGCUGUCAUCAUGUAGACGCUCCUUUUCCCAGAAGUCCAUUCACCUGCCCCCCUCCCACGCUGCUGUUUGUCUUCACUGGUUCGAGUCGUGCCGUCAGACUUUAACUUCUUGGAUGUUCUUUCACCACAGACACAAAUCUUCUGAAAGCCAGAUUCCUUCAUGGCUGUCAAUCAUGUUUCUAGGUAGAAGUGUUGUCUUUGGGUUUGUGCGGGACUUGAACAGUGAGGAGGGUCUCCCACUCUUCCUCCUCUGUCGUAAAUCUUUCCAUCCUUCCCGUCUUCCAUCCUCUCCGUGUUGUCGCUCUGAACAGAAGCCCCCGUCGCCCGUGUCCUAACGGCGGCGGCGGUCUGUCCGCUCACCCCUGCACCCCCUCCCCCCAGCAGAUCACAGCUAAUCAGACUUCAUCCUGACGUCCUUGAGCUGAAACACAUCUCCAAGGACGCAGUUUGAUUAAAGUUCUGCUUUGGAUUAUUUGGGUUUUAGCUGCCUGAGAGGCGACGGCGGCAUCAGAAAUGAAGGUUGUGUUUUCCUCAUUAAUUUAUUGCUUUUUUUAUUCUCGUCUCACGUCAGACUGACUUUUGCAUGUUAGACUAAAACUGACAUCGUUGCUUUUGCUCGCUGCAGAAGUCGGUACGUUUCUUGCCUUGACCGUCAGUUUUACUGCAUCUUUGUGACUUAAACUUGGGGAGACGUCCCGCUGAGAACACAGAAGCUGGAGUUCAGGUCCUCCUUUUGAUGUGAGUGGGGGGGGGGGGGUACCGAUGCUGAAUCCGUUUGUCGUCUCGAGCUUUUGUAGCCGCCGUCAGACGAGGACAGAUCUCCCCGUUUGCGUUUGUUUGCUACUUGUACAUUUGCUCUUGGAAAUAAACUUAUUUAAUACAAAACA